AUGGCUACCACUGCUCAGAGCUAUGGCGCACACCUACUGGUCUUCCCUUUCCCUUCAUCAGGGCAUAUCAUCCCCGUACUUGACCUCACCCGACUGUUAUUCGCUCGUGGCUUACACAUCACUGUAUUGGUCACACCAACUUAUCUCCCAUUGCUCGAACCUCUCCUCACUUCCCACCCAUCCUCUUCUAUCCAAUCCUUAGUUCUCUCUCUUCCUAAACCCUCCAUUUCCUCACAAUCGAAUAUCUUCGCUAAAAUGUCCAAGUUACACGAACUCCGUGAUCCCAUCCUCCAGUGGUUCCAAUCCCAUCCUGCUCCUCCCGUGGCCAUUAUAUCCGAUUUCUUUCUUGGUUGGAUCCAUGACCUCGCAUCUCAACUCAAGGUGCCACGUGUUGUUUUCUGGCCAUCGGGUGCUUUUGCUUCGUUAGUUUUAAAUUAUUUGUGGCGUGAUUUACCAAGGAACGAUCAUCCUGACGAUGACAAUGUUUUGAUUUCUCUUCCAAAAAUUCCGAAUUCCCCAAAGUUUCCUUGGUGGCAAUUAUCUCGUCUCUAUAGGGCUUGUAAGGAAGGAGACCCCGACUGUGAAUUUUUCAGAAAUGGAAUGUUGGCCAAUUUUGCUAGUUGGGCCGUUGUGUUCAACUCAUUCACCAACUUGGAAGAGAUUUAUAUAGAUCAUUUCAAGGAAAAAGUGAUGGGUCACGAUCGGGUUUGUCGUUGUGUACUAGAAGAUGAUCAAAUGGAAGCGUUGGCGACUGCACUCGAGUGUAGUGGGGUACAUUUUAUAUGGUGUGUGAAGACAUCUGAUGAAGAACUCGUGGCAAAUGAGUCUGGUGGUGCCAUUCUAGAUGAGUUCGAAGACCGUGUGAAGGAUAGAGGUUUUGUAAUCCGUGGGUGGGCCCCACAAUUGGAGAUACUUAGGCACCGAGCUGUGGGAACGUUCUUGACUCAUUGCGGGUGGAACUCGGUGUUGGAGGGACUCAACUCGGGUGUGAUGAUGCUGGCAUGGCCAAUGGGUGCUGAUCAAUUCUGCAAUGCUAUGCUAUUAGUGGACCAACUUGGCGUGGCAAUUCGAGUUUGUGCAGGAGGGGAAAAGGUGGUGCCAAACUCGACUGAGUUGGCUCGCUUGUUCAUUGACUCAGUGAGUGGGGCUAGGCCAGAAAGAGCCAUAGUAAUGCAACUACAGGAAGAGGCUUCAAAAGCAGUACUAGUGAAAGGUGGAAGUUCACAUAGAGAGUUGGAUGAGCUAGUCAAACGACUCAGUGAGCUCCAUAGUGGAAGACAUUAUGAUUAA